CCCAGCGUGCAUUGCGCCCCGAAUGACUGCUCAACCCUGGAUAAAAACAAGCCGAUCAGCUGAUGUAAAAGCAACAACAUCUCCUCCCGCGGUCUGACACAGCAAGCUAACUUUCUCGCCGAGGUUAGUACGUGGCACUGGGGCGCUAUGCUAAGUUAUUAUUAGCCAGCGUACACUUUUGGACCGCGUCGAGGAGGCAGUUGAAUUAAGUCGAGUCAAUCGUCGUCGGCUGGGACUGGUAAACGCUGUGAGUUCAGCCGAGUGACACGAAGGUUGUUGUUUUCCUACACAAGUACGACUGCAUGUAUUGCUAAUUGUUAAUAACGCAAUACUCGCCUUGUAUAAAAAUAGUCAUGGUCACAGGAGACGACGUGUAGCAACUUGGCAUCAACCCAUUUAGGUAUUAACAAGGCAAAAAGGAUGCCGGAUGGAUAAUAGCUUGAUCCGUUUUUGGUCAACACGUAAGCAAAGGACAUUUAAGAACACAUUUGACUACUUUUUGGAAAUAUUGUUUUAUUAAGGUGCUCACAUUACACACGGUAGGGUUAGUGUUAAAGGUAGUUCUGGCUGCAAACUCUCUUAAGUUUGAGUAAUUAUUCUUUAUUUAAAUGUAACUCCUUUAUUGAACUGAAUAAAGCAAACAUUACAAAUGGGUAAGACACUAGACGGAGUCUGAUUAGAUGUUAUGAACGACAAUCUGCCUGAAUAACGGACAAAAGUUAUUGUUCUAGUGCAAACUUGGAUUCCUAGAAUUUUCUCAAUCUUACGAAUUGUUCGAAGCUGAGCUGAUAGUCUAGUCAAGUCCUCCAUUAUCGAGCAUGAGCGGUCAAGGUCCAGCUGUAGAUAAAGGCAUGAACACACCGCUAGUCUGCCAGGAGAGUUACGCCUGCGGGGGCUCGGACGAGGCCUCCUUCGAAUGUGACGACUGCAGCAGCCUGCAGUGCGCCCGCUGCGAAAUGGAGCUCCACCGGCAGGAGCGCAUGAGGAACCACGACCGGGUCCGCAUCGCUCCGGGCCACGUCCCCUUCUGCGACUCGUGCAAAGGAGAUGGCAGUGGCGGCUCGGUCACGGCCGGCCGGCUGCGAGCGUCCGUACGCUGCCAGGGAUGCAAGAUCAACCUGUGCUUGGACUGCCAGAAACGCACCCACAGCGGCGGGAACAAGAGGAAGCAUCCUCUCACCCUGUACCCCCCGGCCAAAAGUCCCCAGGAGAACAGCGUGAGCUCCGGGGAGUCGGAGAUGGACAUCCUUAAAGACCAGCUGGACAAGGUGUUCAGUUUCCUGUUGGUGGACGAGAAGGAGGAGAUGCAGGUGAAGGAUGAGGAGGAGUUCGUGAACAGAUUGGGAUGCAUCGCCGACGAGCUACUCAAGGUGGUCUCCAUCUUUGGGAACACCGGCGAGGGGAAGUCGCACACGAUGAAUCACACCUUCUUUCUCGGAAGAGAGGUUUUCAAAACAUCUCCGACGCAGGAGUCCUGCACGGUGGGCGUGUGGGCCGCCAUGGACCCGCUGCACCGUGUGGUCGUCAUUGACACGGAAGGACUGCUCGGAGCUGGGUCCAGCCAGGGUCAGCGAACCCGCCUCCUCCUGAAGGUCUUGGCCAUCUCAGAUAUCGUCAUCUACCGGACACAUGCCGACCGUCUCCACGACGACCUCUUCAAGUUCCUGGGCGACGCCUCGGAGGCCUACCUGAAGCACUUCGCCCGGGAGCUGAAGGCGACCACCACGCGCUGCGGACUGGACGUCCCGCUGUCCACCCUGGGCCCCGCCGUCAUCAUCUUCCACGAGACGGUGCACACCAAACUGUUAGGAUCAGACAAGCCGUCAGAGUCGGCAGACCGACUCCUCCAGGAGCGUUUCAGGAAGCUGGGUCUGUUCCCCGAGGCCUUCAGCUCCGUCCAGUACCGCGGAACCCGUACCUACAACCCACCCACCGACUUCAGCGGCCUACAGCGCAGCCUGGAACAGCAGCUGGACAACAACGCCACCCGCUCUCCCCGCUCCGCCGGCGUCAUCUACAAGGCCCUGCAGGCGCUGAGCGAGCGUUUCAGUGGCGAUAUUCCCGAUGAACACAUGACUAGUAACUCUUUCUUCCCCGAUGAGUACUUCACCUGCUCCUGCAUCUGCCUGAGUUGCGGGUCAGGCUGUAAGAGAAGCAUGAACCACCUCAAGGAGGGAGCGGAACACGAAGCCAAGCAUCGGUGCCGCUACUCCGCGCAGUACGACAACCGCAUCUACACGUGCAAGGCCUGCUAUGAGGGAGGGAAGGAGGUGAUCGUGGUUCCCAAGACGACGGCCUCGUCCGACUCGCCGUGGUUUGGUUUGGCCGUCUACGCCUGGUCUGGAUACGUCAUCGAGUGUCCCAACUGUGGAGUAAUUUACAGAAGCAGGCAGUACUGGUACGGAAACCAGGAUCCAGUGGAAACUGUGGUCAGAACCGAGAUCCAGCACAUCUGGCCGGGGUCCGACGGCUUCCUGAAAGACAACCACAACGCCGCCCAGCGGCUGCUGGACGGAGUCAAGUACAUCUCCCAGUCGGUGUCGGAGCUCAGCGUCAAGCCAGCCAAAGCGGUCACUUCCUGGCUCACCGACCAGAUCGCUCCCACCUACUGGACGCCCAACUCUCUCAUUCUGAAAUGCCACAAAUGUGCGGUGGACUUCCAAGCCAACGACACCAAGCACCACUGCCGAGCCUGCGGCGAGGGUUUCUGCGAUGCCUGCUCCUCCAAAGCCCGCCCAGUCCCUGAGAGAGGCUGGGGGCUGGCGCCCGUUCGAGUCUGCGACGCUUGCUUCCAGAACAGAGGAAUCCCCACUGAGCUCCUCGAUGAGGCCUUGGAGGAGGAAGGCGGCACCCUGAUAGCAAGGAAGGUCGGCGAAGCCGUUCAGAACACCCUCGGCGCUGUCGUCGGCGCCAUCGACAUACCGCUCGGCCUGGUGAAGGACGCCGCACGUCCCGCCUACUGGGUCCCGGACCAGGACAUCCGCGCCUGCUGCGGCUGCCAGAGGGACUUCUCGGCCUCUCGCCUCUCCAUCCACCACUGCCGCGCCUGCGGUCAGGGCGUGUGCCAGGACUGCUCCCAGGAGAGGCGCGCCGUGCCCUCCAGGGGUUGGGAUCAUCCGGUGAGGGUCUGCAGCGUUUGCAGCCAGAAAUCCGGUGAUCUCUAGCAGGACUUGAAAAUCACGUGGACCCCUUUUGUCUCUGGUUCUUUCAGUUGCAUUUUUGACGGCAUUUCCUGUUUUAAAUUGCAGUCAGUCGAUGAAACUUGAAUAUCAUGAAGUACAGAAUCACGUUUUGAACAAUCUCUUUUGGACUAUCUGCUCCAGAAGGUCUAGAUUGUUGGUAGUACCAUCACAUACCAUUUGGGGGCUGAGAGACGCUGCACACCCAGGACUGAUCACCU